GUGAAGCAUUAUUGUGUUUCCUUUAAAUGUGGUCUGCGGCUGCAGGGCCGAUUGGAAUUUCAGUAAUGCAAUUGUCAUGUUAUGCAAGGCUGUCUUUAUAAGUCAACCACUGUAUUGUACUCGGCGCAGUUGGUCUAGAGGCGCCGUCGACAACGCCCAACAUUUAUUACUGUUCGCUUCACGAUGUAAUCUUAUCUUAUGUUCAGUUGAGUUGUCAGAAAUAAAUUAUUUGGACCCAGAAUUGGUCUCCGUAUUUAUAUUUCUUUGAGUUUUGUCCUCGUCGAUCCCGGUAGUGUUUAGCAACACAACAUAUGGUGGAAGAUCCGGGUAUUUGAAAAUUGCAACCAUGGCAAGAGUGUGGCGUUGUCGACGGACCACGCCUGGGACCGGCUGUCCUUGCCUAAUUUAGGUAAGUAAAACUGUACAUAGGUGGCGUCGAUAAUUAUGUUGUUUGAUUUUGGUGACUGAGACAGCAAUGCGUAUGUUUUUUUUUCUUUUCCUUCGAUUGUAUUUUGUAAAUUAUUCAUUAGAUCUAUGUGACUGUAGGACUUUUGGUUGUUUUUUUUUUGUAUUGAGAUGACUGAAGUUCAUGCGGACAAGAAAGUCGAGAUGGCGUUUAAAUAUGACUUGUCGUCCGCUAAAAUCAAAUAUACUGGUUCUCCAGAUGAAGAUUUAGAUUCAUUUGUUCAGAAGUACGAAGAAAUUGCAGUGUUGCGAGAUUAUACAGACACAAAGAAGGUGUUGGCUUUCCAAACUUUGAUUGAUGGUCACGCCAGAGUUUUACUAGAAUCGGUACCAUCCACUAAGAAAGACACAAUUGACAAGAUCUAUCGCAUUUUGAAAGAUCAUUUUGAGGGAGAUUCAUGGCGUUGGGGUGUAGAAACAAAGCUACUUUCCCGAAAACAACUCUCUACGGAAUCACUAGAUGAUUAUGCUUGUGACAUUAUGCACUUGUGUAAGCAGCUCAAGAAGUCGGAGUCCGAACAAUUAUCAUUGUUUGUGCGUGGUUUAAUUCCAUCACUUCGGGCUUUUGUAUUCUCUAAGGAGCCUAAGACCUUUCAUGAAGCACUUAACGCGGCCCGUUUGGCUGUUUCUGUUCAACUUACAGCCAACGAAUCCAUACCUAACAAUGUAAAUGUUUUGAAUUCCGGCCAGAUGCUCGAGUCCAAACUAGACACAAUAGCUAGCAUUGUGAAGGAUUUAGCAACUAAGGUAGAGAAUCUGGAACUUAAAACAAAUUCCAGAAGUGCAGUUGAUACGAGGCCUAACAAUGUAACCAGUGGUCAAUUUAGUGUGAAUGAGCCUGGGUAUGCCUAUGAUGAAUCUAGAUCAUUCCAUUGCUAUCGCUGUGGCAGAUUUGGCCACAAGUGGAGAAAGUGCUAUGCUAAAUAUGACGUCAAUGGACAACAGUUAAACUAGCUCCCCCAUCUUUUUGGAGACAAAAGAAGUUGAUUCAGACACUUAAAGGUGGGGCAAAUAAGAGUAGGUCUGAAGAUUGUGACAGAUAUUUACCAUUUAGACGUGUACGAGUAAGUUGUGUUCCCAAUGAUCAAUUCCAGACAACUUUAAAUCAGUCUAAUAGCAUAACUGCAGAGAUAGGCAAUAAGACGAUACAGUGUUUAAUUGACACCGGUGCAGAUAUAAAUGUUAUUGAUCAUGAAUGGUUCCACACUAAUUUUCCGUCUUUAUCCAAAUCAGUGGAAGGAACACCAGUGUCUGAUGUAACAGUUGCCAAUAGCGGUAAUUUACAAAUCACUGAAUUAGUAACUCUACCGAUGGUUAUAGAAAAUGUACCUUUUACCGUCCUAUUCAGAGUAGCUAGGAAUCUCAGUACCAACAUCAUACUGGGUACACAGUUCCUAAGUUUACAUAAAGCAGUUAUUGAUUGUGGGUCUGGUAAACUACACUUGAAAAAGAAAAGUCAGAUAAGAGUGAAAGAAAGACAAGACAUUUCUCCACAUUCACAGUCUGUAAUCUGUGCAAAGCUUUCUGAUCGACAUGCAAUUGGGUCUCCAGGUCUUUGUCAUGGUGGAAGACGCAUUUCAGCCUUGGGUGUAUUGGUUGCAAACACUUUGUCAUCUGUAAUAACCGUUGGUAAUUGUGUAAACCUGCUGGUCAUGAAUGUAACCGACGAACCUGUUGUAUUGUACCCUCGUACUAAGCUAGGCACAUUCUCACCGAUAAAUUCAUACUGUGUUCAUCAGUUUGAUAUAGUUGACGAAAACACUAGUGUCCACGUUAAUAGUGUCCAAUCGGAUCAUCCUAUUGAAGUGCCUGUCGUAAAUGAUCCAACCACUGAUUGUACGAGAAGACAAGAACUGUUUUCUCAAGUUAAUCUGAAUACAGAUCAUCUGACAGUUAAGGAAGUUGAUCAAAUAACUGAUUUACUGUGUGAAUAUUCAGGUAUAUUUCAGUUGGAAGGAGACUCCCCAGGUUUUUAUACAGGUGUUAAGCACGAGAUACACACCGGUGACCAUGCCCCUAUUCGAUCCCGACCUUAUAGAACUUCUCCCCAUAUUCAAGCGGAGAUACGAAAACAGGUAAGCCAUAUGCUUGACAACAACAUCAUUAAUGAGUCCACAAGUAGUUGGAGUUUUCCUGUGUGUAUCGUGCCUAAGGCCGGUAAAAACGAGUAUCGAUUUGCAAUUGAUUUUCGUAAACUCAAUGAAAUUACUGCUAGAGACAAUUUUCCAUUGCCGAAUAUCAAUGAUACCUUGGACAGUUUGGGCUUGGCAAAACCUCAGUAUUUCACCACACUUGACCUUGCUUCUGGAUACUGGCAAAUUGGCCUGGCAGAAGAUGCCAAACCAAAAACAGCAUUUAUUGCUCAAGAUGGACUUUAUGAAUUUCAGCGAAUGCCUUUUGGUCUUCAUAAUGCUCCGUCCACCUUUCAGAGAGCAAUGCAAGAAAUUUUCAGAGGGCUGAACUGGAAAUUUGUCCUCGUUUAUUUGGAUGAUUUGAUUAUUUUCAGUCGAACAUUUGAUGAACAUUUGUCCCAUUUGAGACAAGUCUUUGAUCGUAUUAGAGCAGCUGGAUUGAAGCUCAAACCCAAGAAGUGUACGUUUGGUCAAGAACAAGUGAAAUACCUGGGGCAUAUAGUUAACAAAGAUGGUGUUGCCACAGACCCAGUUAAAGUUCAAAUUAUCAAGGACUAUCCAUGUCCUACUAAAGUGUCAGAAGUACGAUCUUUUCUGGGAUUAGUAGGCUAUUACCGAAAGUACAUAAAAGAUUACUGUAAAAUAGCGGAGCCACUAGUCAAUUUGACACGCAAAGAUACAUCUUUUGUUUGGAGUAAAACGUGUCAAGAUGCAUUUGAAGAACUGAAACAAAAGUUGCAAGAACCACCUGUUCUAGUCUAUCCACGAUUUGAUGGAACCGAGUUCAUUUUACAAACAGAUGCUAGUAAUGUUGGUUUAGGUUUCAUUUUAGCUCAACAGCAAGAUGGUGAAGAAAAGGUGAUUUCUUACGGUGGUAGGACAUUGAGCAAAGCUGAGAGGAAGUACAGCACUACUGAGUUAGAAGCAUUGGCAGUAGUUGAAGAUCUUUUGUACAGACAGUGGCAAGUCUAUGGGAAGAAGACUACUCCUGAACAAGUGGUCACUCAACUGUAUAUUCCGGUAUGUUUUGUUGACAUUGUAUUGAGUAACUGUCAUGAUCAUGUUUUAGCUGCACACUUUGGGCUACAGAAAACGUAUCAUAAAGUACGCCAACGCUACUUCUGGAAGAGCAUGUACCGUGACAUAGAUAACUGGGUACGCUCUUGUCGCUCGUGUUCACAAAGAAAGACACACAGACAUAAAGUUGUAGCCCCACUUGUUACCAUGAUAGUUCCUGACGCAUUCGAAAGAGUCAGUGUGGAUGUAUUGGGCCCUUUGCCAAUUACAACUUUUGGUAAUCGUUAUGUACUUUGUUUUACCGAUCAUUGUACUAGGUGGCCCAUUCUAGUGCCAUUAGCUACUACUAAUGCAGCAACAAUAGCCAGAGCAUUGUUCGAUUAUGUGAUAUGUGAACAUGGUUGCCCAGUAACCUUAUUAAGUGACAGAGGUGCAAAUUUCCUGAGUAACAUUGUUCGUGAGGUUUGUCUCAUUAUGCAGACUCAAAAGCUCAAUACCUCUAGCUAUCACCCACAGUGUAAUGCUGUACAAGAACGUUUCAAUUCUGUAAUUCUGGACACUGUGUCGCAUUAUGUGAAUGAGUUUCAGACAAAUUGGGACCAGUAUAUCACAGCUAUACAGUUUGCCUACCGUUCAACUCCAGCAGAUAACUCAAUUGGGUUUAGUCCAUUCUUCCUACUGUAUGGAAGAGAGGCAAGAUUGCCGUUGGACGUGGCACUCAUUUCCAGACUUGAUUAUCAAGAUAAGACACUGAGAGAUCAUAUACAUAAUUUGGUUUCAAAGUUGGAAGUAUUUCGAGAUGUAUCAAAACGUCGCACAGAAGAAAACCAAGCAAAAAUGAAAGAACGCUAUGAUGAAACCACUAAACAAGUAGAGUAUCAGGUCGGGGAAAUGGCAGACAGCAAAAACAUGGGACUGUUGGGAAGAUGGCGUACCUCUGUGAAUAUCGAAGCCUUGGAAAGAACAGUUCGCCGGGGUGACAUGCUGGAGUUUUGCCGCGGUGUGUACGCACAUUGGGGUUUAUACAUCGGUCAGUACCUCUCAAUGCAACACGCCGUCAUACAUGUCAGUAUACCCGAAGGAGGGGCGCGGUACUCCAUGAAGAAGAUAUCAGGCAGUGGAUUUGCAGCGAGUCAAAGGCCCGAGAUACGAGUUGAUACGAUUGGAGAGAUUCUCGGCGGUUCCGGCAGCAAGAUUCACCGAAGAACACCAGAGGCACAACUUCACACUGCAUCCCUCAUCAGAGAACCCCUUUUGGGGAAGACAUUGUACUCUGACGUCCUGAAGAAACGGACUGCAGCGAACCGAGAUGUCUCGACGAUUUUCCAGAUAGCCAACCAGUUCUACCCGUCCCCGCAUCGGAAACAGCAUCCAACCAACCUCAAUCAACCACAACACCCAACGAUUCAGAUAAAAACUCUCCACACACACUAUCGUGGCCAGGAAUGGAACAAAUAG